GGCUUUCGACAAGACGAGCGCGGCCAUGUAUUGUUAUAUCUCAUAACUGCGCAUUGCCUACAUGGACAAUCCGUCGAUGGCUUCCGGGCGAAUUUUGAAUCGAGUUUGGUGGUCUACAAGCCCACAAACCUGAAGUCGCGAGCCGCCACGAGUGGGUGUUAUUUCAUAGCAUUGCGCCAAUCUUCACAGGACUUUGACAAUCGAUGGCGGUCUCACCGCCCGUAUCGCGAUCGCCAAAUGUUGGGACUGCGACAUCCAACACCUCCCAUGCAAAAUCGCUGGCAGUGCGCCGCACAACGACAGGUGGAGCGGCGGAAUCCGUGCCUGCGAUCAUAACUAUGGAAGGGAAGGCGAAGGGGUCCGAACCAGAGCUUGCAGAGCAAUUAAAUGCAGAAAUCCGUCAUCGAUACGUCAAAGACAAAAAAUUAGGGGAAGGCACCUAUGCCAUUGUCUAUCUUGGCCAUCUUCGGAGCGAUCCUUCUUCACUCGUCGCGAUAAAGAAGAUCAAAGUCAAUACCGAAUACAAAGAUGGUCUCUCAAUGGAUGCAAUACGCGAAGUGAAAUAUCUCCAGGAACUGUCUCAUCCCAACGUAAUUGCUCUUCAUGCCGUCUUCUCGUCCAAAGAUCGAAAUUUAAACUUGGUUUUGGAAUAUUUACCGCUCGGUGAUUUGGAGAUGCUGAUCAAAGACAGCGCUAUUCAGUACGGCGCUGCCGACGUCAAGGCUUGGGUGGGCAUGCUCGGCCGCGCAGUCUGGUUUUGUCAUGAGAAUUUCAUCUUACACAGGGAUAUCAAACCAAACAAUCUGCUAAUAGCAUCAGACGGUGAAGUUAAGCUUGCGGACUUUGGACUGGCCAGAUCAUUCGCAGACCCUCGCCUAAAUAUGACUCACCAGGUAAUCACGCGCUGGUAUAGGCCACUAGAGCUUCUUUACGGGGCGCGCCAGUACUCUGGCGCAGUAGAUGUAUGGUCUAUGGGAAUGGUUUUUGCAGAGUUACUCCUCCGCGUCCCCUUCGCUGCAGGAAAUACAGACUUGGAUCAGAUAUCCAAGAUCUGCGCCGCGUUUGGCACACCCACCGAGGAUAACUGGCCGGGGGUAACGAAAUUGCCCAACUUUGUCCCCGUUGAAAAGAACCAAAUUGUCCCAUUGCAAGGGAGGGAUUUCUUCCUUCGGCAAUUUCCCACCGUGGGACACCUUGGAGCAGACUUGCUAUCGUCGAUGUUAAAACUUGAUCCACGAAAUCGCAGUACUGCGAAGCAGAUAUUACAACAUGCGUGGUGGUCCGCGGAACCCAGGCCAACUAGAAAAGAAAAUUUACCUCGCAAAGCUGGAGGUGCAAAGAAGAUGGGCAAUGAUUUGAGCAGAAGAGGCGGCGUAACAGAUGAAGGAUCUUUCAAGAAUGCGGCUCGUAGGCUUGAUUUUGGAGGACUCCUACCGAAAUGAUGGCGACAUUUGGCCGUUUCCACGACCUUUUUUGGAAAUCGGUGAUUCUAAGCCUCAGCGAAUAAGAGCAGGGCUCCUUCAAUACAGAAGCACAAAGAUAUGAUCAAUCUAAUUGAAGCACGGUAUCUGUUUUCGACCUUGACCUUACCGCCGAUGUCCCCUGGGCUGAUCAUCGUCCCCGGUGACGGCGUCCGCCAACAAAAUUGUAGCAUGCAAGGCAUCCGGUUUGUUAUUGAGAAACCGCGACACGCACCAAAUAUAUUUGGGAUAAUUCGCCCGGAAGAAGGAUCAAUAAAUUAUCCUUUUUGCGAACAUGUAUGUACAUACAUACAUGCCUUUCUGCAUCACCAGGUGCUCCAUAGUUUCACUCUACUUAGCCUGAAAUGUUUUUGAUCCUUGCAACUAAUAUACAUACAUCAAUACAAUCCGCCCAC